GGCCAAAAAUAAUAUUCAGAGGCACAGCGCACACAAGCAAGGCGGCUAGCUACAGACGCGGCUAGUGGCGCGAGUACACACAGCCACGCCCAGUGCGAAGCUUGCUGGUGCAUGCGGCAAUGGCGGCUUCGCUUGGGCUAAACCCUGAAGCUCUCUUCAGCUCCCACUCGUCGUCAUACUCCUCGCCCUUCAUGUCCGGCUACGCGCCGCAGAGAUUCCCGGCGGCCGAUAACACCGUCGUCGACGACGCGGCGGCCUUCUCCUCAGAGCUCGAUGAUCUUUGCCAGCUUGAGUACUCGCCGGCACCGCUCAUCGCCGGCGCCGGCGCCGGCGCCGGCGGCGGGGCUGGGGACGAUCGCGACGAGAAGCCGAUGUGGUGUGGGGGGCGAGAUGAGAAGAGACCCAGGAGCAGUGGAAGGAUUGGGUUCAGAACGAGAUCGGAGGUGGAGAUCUUGGACGACGGAUUCAAAUGGAGGAAGUACGGGAAGAAAGCUGUCAAGAACAGCCCUAAUCCAAGGAACUACUACCGGUGCUCGUCGGAGGGCUGCGGCGUGAAGAAGCGCGUCGAGAGGGACCGCGACGACCCCCGCUACGUCAUCACCACCUACGACGGCGUCCACAACCACGCCAGCCCCGGCGCCGCCGCCAUCAUCCAGUACGGCGGAGGCGGCUUCUACAGCCCGCAGCACAGCGGCUCGCCGUCGGCCGCCUCCUACUCGGGCUCCUACCUCUUCUGAUGAGACUUCCGAGCCAUUCUUCCCCGAACGUGCCUCAGCAGUGAGCACGUGUUGUUACAUUACAACGAGAGCCUUGCUUGACCCGCUGGUUUACCCCAAGUAGGAUGAGAAGAACGAUAGCGGCCGGCUAGAUUCCGACCUGCUUGUGUAUUUUUACAGUUGUGUGCAGUAGUAGUAAUAAUUGAGCUAGAAGUACUUUAUUAAGCACCUCAUCAAUUAGUUACCUCUUCUGAUGAUGCAUCAUCACUAGGAUAACUGAUGACAGCAUGCUUCUUACUUGCCCUCUUUCUCUGUUCUGUUUUAGUUUCUUUGUACACGUACGCUUUGUAAUCUAUACGCGGUCGUUAAAAGGCUGCUGAUUUAACCUCAUUUCUCAUUUCUCAACAAUUAUCAUCGAAUAUAUACUGGGGGUUUAUCAGUGA